GGCUGCAUAGAGUCAUAAUUAGUAAACCAGCACCAGCAUUUCCACCAACGCCGAAUACUUGGCGACCAAGACCUCAUCGCCAACAAUCGAGAUUCACAAGAUGACGAGGUUCCGCCCAUGUAUCGAUCUCCAUGCGGGAGAGGUGAAGCAAAUCGUUGGUGGUACGCUCGACAGCACAUCGGAGGCUUUGAAAACCAACUAUGUGUCGAAACUCCCAGCUUCGCACUAUGCAUGCAUGUACAAAGAGAAUGCACUCACCGGCGGCCAUGUCAUCAUGCUAGGCCCCGGGAACAGCGCGGCUGCGACAGACGCUCUACAAGCAUGGCCGGGUGGUCUUCAAUUGGGAGGAGGCAUUUCAGAUACAAAUGCGCAGAGCUGGAUAGACGCCGGCGCAGAAAAGGUUAUCAUCACCUCGUUCCUCUUUCCUGAGGGCAAGUUCAGCCAAGAACGCCUGGAUGCUGUGCUGGGAGCCUUGGGCGGCGACAGGACAAAGCUCGUCAUUGACAUCAGCUGUCGUCGACAAGGCGAUGAUCGCUGGUUCGUGGCCAUGAACAAGUGGCAGACUAUAACCGAUAUGGAAGUCACGCAAGAGUCCAUCAAGUCGCUAGAGCCGUAUUGCUCAGAAUUUCUCAUCCACGCUGCUGAUAAUGAGGGCCUGCAAAGGGGAGUCGAUGAGAAACUUAUCGAGCGGCUAGCUCGGUGGUGCUCGAUACCCGUCACGUACGCUGGCGGUGGUCGAAGCCUGGACGAUUUGGAGGCGGUCAAGCGUCUGAGCCACGGCAAAGUCGACCUCACCAUUGGCAGCGCACUCGACUGUUUCGGUGGCCAAGGCGUCAAGUUUGAUGAUUGUGUGGAGUGGAACAAGAAGCAAGGUGCGUGAUGAUGGCCUUCGCCAGAAAACGGGAUACGU